GAUGAGAUUAAAAAAAGCUUCAUUUAUAGGGGUAGAGAGAGAGAGACAGACAGACAGACAGAGAGCUGAAUUAGGGGAUUUUGUGGAAGAGGAGGAGUCCAUUUGGAGAAAAAAGAUUGUUGUUUUAUCCGCCGGAUUCAUUCUGAAUCUUGAUUUCUCGGCGAGUCUCAUCUCCUUCUCCGGCGAAUUAUGCAAUAGGCACCUCUGAUGAGAUAUCUGAUUGGAUUUAUUCAUCUGGGUCAAGCUGAAACUCUGCAUCAAAAGGGGGGAAAUUUCAGUGAUGGACAGAAACAGAGAAGCCAGAAGAGCUAGUAUCGUCGGCUCCAAUGGCUUCAAUCGCCGCCGCCACCGAACUAACAGUCUCAGAGACUCUCCAGAUGAAGAUGCGGGUCUGGAGUUGCAGGAAUCGGUGAGGUUAAGAGAUCGAGUGAAGAAGGAUCGGGAUCGAGAGAGGGAGAGGGAGAGGGAGAGAGAGAGGGAAAGGGAGAGGGAUAGAGAAAGGGAUUUGAGAGAAAGGUCUAGCCGGAGCAAGAGGAGAAGAGGUGGAGACGAAACUUCAGAAGAGAGCGUCAAUGAUGAAGAAGACGACGAGGAUGAAGACAACGCCGCUGGAGGCGUGAGAUUGUUGUCGCAGGCGGUUGGUUCCGCUCCAAACCACCAUCACGGCGGCCAUAGCCAUAGCACUAGUAGUUUUAGUCAACCUCAACAGAACAACAACAGCAAUAAUAACACUGUAAGCAGCAAUCAUCACCAUCUCCAGCACAGAAAAAGCUUCCCUCCCACUUCUUCAACGGCGGCCAAGAUUUCUAGAGUGCCACCGGUUUGGAAAUCCGGCGAUGAAAUGAUCAGCGCCUCCGUUCCUAGAAAGGCACGUUCCGCAUCCACGAAAAGGUCUCACGAUUGGAUUUCAAUCAGCAGCAACAACAACAGCGGCGGCGGAGUUUCAGGUGGAGAACCGAAUCUCGGGAGCUCUCCAGCGACGCCUUUGCCGGCGGCUCCUAUAUCACCCUCUUCUUCCAAUGCCAUGAGAAAGAAGCUUAAACAGGCGGUGAGCAACUCCGCUCCGAAGCUGAAGCCGCCUAAAGUGGCGGCGGCGGCGGCGGCUGCGUCGAAGCCGAGCUCUUCGAAUCCGGAAGAGUUGGAGAUUGAAAUCGCCGAGGUGUUGUACGGCUUGAUGACUCAGUCACAAGCCCCUUCAUCCAAGAAGGAGGAGUCGAGAGAAAUCAACAGAUUGAGCAGCGAUGUGAAAUCGCAUAAUUCAUCGCCGAUUUCUAAUUCUACUUCGGCCAAUAAUCCCAAUUUGGGUGCCAAUUCUGGGCCCCUUUCAGCCGUCCCUCCAAAGAGAAAGAGGCCGCGGCAGAUACCUGAAAACUCGAGCCACGGCGUUCGGAGCAGCCCCGUUCCGGCGAAGCUUGAAGCGGAUCAGACGCCGAAGAGCGAGAUUUCAUCAAUAACUACGGAGAAAUCGGGGUCCGCAGCUGAAAAUGUGUACGAAGCGGCUGCCGAUUUGGUCGAUCCACAGACGCAAGCGGCGGUGGAGCCGGCUGCGCCGAAGGUGGAGUCGGAGAUGAAGCAUGUCUCUGAAGAAUUAAGGGAGAGCAAGGAAGAGAUGAAGUCGCCGAAAGAGAGAGACUCUCCGGCGGUGAGAGCGGAGGUUAGCCAAAACGGCGAUUCACCGGCGGCGGCGACUACUAAAAUCAAUUCCACGGCAAUGGAGUUGGAGAAUGGGAAGGAAGAGAAAUUUGAAAUAGAUCUGAUGGCGACGCCGCCGCAAGCUAAACCUUCUCCAGAAAAAGAAGCAAAGAUCGAUUUGAGGGAUUCGCCAGUGGAACAGAAGCCGGUUGUUCAGGUCACUGAUGCUAAUUUGAGAGAUCCAGCCGACGAAAAUUGCAAAAGUGGAAACGGGAGGGAUGAAGAAAAGAAGCUUCUAAAAGAAGCCGAAUCAAAGGAGAGGAAUGUUGAUUUGCAUCUCGAUUUGGAGAAGUCUGAAAGGGACCUUGGCCACGGAGAUGGAGUUACUGCAGCAAACAAAUCACAGUCAGCGUUGAAGCCCACAGAGAAAUCUGGUCAUUCAACAAGCUCUUUACCGCUGCCAAUGUCCAUGGGAAACUGGCCUGGUGGGCUUCCUCCGAUGGGCAGAUAUAUGGCCCCAUUGCAAGGAGUUGUAUCGAUGGAUGGUGGUCCAGUUGCUCCUGCACAUAUUCAGCCGAUGUUCACUCAGCCCCGGCCAAAACGCUGUGCUACACAUUGCCACAUUGCUAGGAACAUACAUUACCUCCAGCAGUUCAUGAAGAUGAACCCCUUCUGGCCUGGACCUGCUGGCUCAGCUUCUUUAUUUGGGUCGAAGCCUUGCAAUCUUAACGUCAUACCUGGGCUGGAGUUGCACGGCAAUGUUGCUGUUAAAGGUGCGCAGGAUAAGGCCCAGAACGUCCCCAAUCAUGCUGGGAAAGAGAAGGGUUCUCAGCCGGCCAGUACGUCUGGUUCUGCUCAGAGAAAGCAACAGAUUCUAAUCCAGCAAGCGUUGCCUCCCGUUGCUCCUAGUAAUAUACUGGGGCCUACUUUCAUCUUCCCCUUGAACCAGCAGCAGUCGGCUGCCCCACGGCCUAGUGGUGCGAAAUCUCCGGCUGCUGGGGUUUCGUCCAACACUGGUGGCUCUGGUGUUACGAAUUCCACUUCAGCAGCUGCAGUGAGUUUCAACUACCCGAAUAUGCCUUCUAAUGAGACACAGUAUUUGGCGAUCCUACAGAACAACGGGUACCCGUUUCCCAUACCGGCUGCUGCUGUAGGGGGACCCCCGAAUUACCGGGGUACACCAGCCCAGGCGCUGCCUUUGUUCAAUGGUUCAUUCUAUUCCUCACAGAUGAUUCAUCCUUCACAACUUCAGCACGCUCAGCCACCAUCCAUCCAGUCACAGUUGAUGCAAGCCCACCAAAAUGCAAGCCCAUCGAGUGGUGGUUCCUCGAAUUCACAGAAGCAUUUGCAGGGCCAGCAUCCAAGAACGCAAACUGGUGCUGGCAUCUCCAGUGAUUCUGGAACUGCUAGCUUGCAAAACAUGUCGUCCCUGAAGUCCUCCCAGCCAUCCCAGCAACAAUUGCAACAGAGUCACAGCCAGUAUGUACACCAAUCACGGGCAAGACACCUUGAGGGCGAACCCAGUAGGGAAGACAGCCCAUCAACGACUGACAGCCGCGGUUCUCGAGCCUCGAUGAAUAUCUAUGGCCAGAAUUUUGCGAUGCCAAUGUACCCACAGAAUUUUGGGUUAAUGACUCAUCCAGCCACUUUGGCUGGUGCUGGGGGUGGCGCUGCUAGUGCUACCAGCGCGAAUAGUAAUCAUGCUGACAAGAAAGGGCAUCAGCUGCAGCCGGUAUCAAAGACAGGACCGGAGUCAUUGCCUGCAAGUCAUAGUUUCGCGAUGAGUUUUGGUACUAUCAAUGGAACUAGUGGUGGCCCAGGCAUCGAUAUGACAUCUGUGGCUCAGAAUCACGCAAUGUUUCAGAGCUCCUCAGAAGCCACGCGACAGAAUAUCCAGUUGAUGGCUGGUGCUCAGGCUGCACAAAAGAAGAACAUCCGAAUCUCUGAUGAUGCUAAAUCUAGCGGUGUAGAUUCCAAUUCCACAGAAGAAGAUGAACGCAAGAUCUUGACGGGAAAGGCUAUGGGUGUUGGUGGGCAGCAAUCCAUUGUAUUUGCAAGGUCGGACUUGACUGAUGGGCAUGUUUCGUCAAUUCAGACGAACAACGUGAUUGAGAGCUCCACACGGUCUCUAAAUGCUUCGUCUGGUGCAUCUCGCAGCUCCCGUUCUAAUGCCGUGAAUGUUCAGAAUGCUCACAGCAUUCAAGUUCAACUUCAGCAACAGCAAACGCUGCUGCUCAAGCAGCAGCAGCUACAACAGCAGCUACAACAACAGCAACAGCAGCAGCAGCAGCAACAGCAGCACCAACAACAGCAACAGCAGCACCAACAACAGCAACAGCAGCACCAACAGCUGCAGCAGCAAUUGCAGCAACACAUGGUAGCAAAUUCAGUUAGUCUGCAGCAGCACAUGACAGCAAAUUCAGUUAGUCUGCAGCAGCACAUGACAGCAAAUGCAGCUAGUCGACAGCAGCAUUUCAAUUCAUCUUCAGCCAUGGGUUUGAAGUUUCCGAGUGGCCUCUCUGGUUUCCCAACAAAUCUUGUAAAGAGCAACAGCAGCAGCCCAUCUCAGUCCCCUCAAUGGAAAGGCCCUGGUAGAACUUCAACCCCCCAAACCCCUUCUGUAACUACGACCACGCUAAAAAACCUUCCCCAACAGCAUGCUCGGACUCAAGCCCCGAUGCAUGCUCAAAUAUCCUUUGGAGGGAAUCAGAAACCAUCAACAGGCUCACAAGGUCAAGCACAUCCCAGCAACAACCAGACUUCGUCUUCCCCUAUGAUGGUAGGCUCUCCGACGACCUCUUCCGUUUCCAAAGGAGCCAGUGGGAGCCCUAGAACAACUUCAUCUGCUUCUACGAAUAACAAAAUGGGAACGGGUCAUGCUUCGUCCUUGUCAACACAGCCAACCAAGAACCCACCAUCCGUUUCUAACCAGAAAUCUCCAUCAAUUUUGGGAAACCUUCAUGUUGCUUCAGCCUCUUCUGGCAGCGUACAGAAACCUCAAAUGCAACACCAGUCUCAGCAACAGAUGCCUAAAACAAUGCAGCAACAGUUGUACUUCUCAAAUCCAUAUACACAAUCCCAAUCUCAACAUUCUGCGAGUAAAAGCUCUUCCACACCCAGUGCCAGCGGAUAUUAUAUGCCACGAAGACAGACAGACCAACACCAGCAGUCACCGGGUGCUCCGGUGACAUCGGCUGGGAGUUUAUCUUUAUGCACUCCUGUCACAUUGGGUGGUGCAAACACGAAUGGUCCAGCUACAGCAAUUGCAGCAGCCACUGCUAAUGCGAAGGGUGGCGGAUUGGCUUCCCAGGGAAUAAUCAAUGCACCGCAGUUUGCCUCACAGGCUGCUGGGAACCUUUUGCCUGCUGGCUUUUCCUACGCGCAUUCCGUUCCAGCUGCUGUUCAGGUGAAGCCUACUGAGAAGAAACAACCUGCUGGAAAUGACAAUUUAAAUCCAUGGCAGUCUGAGAAAAAAUGAAAGAUGAAGAAGAAGCUGUGAGUCUCAAGGGAGAGGGAAAUUUGGGACAGACAUAUGCUGGGACAAUGAGGGGGCCGAGGACAUUUGAACAAGGGAGAAGAGAAGACGGACGGAGCUCCUACUGCGUGCACGCGCCUGUUAUUCGACUGGUAAACAUGCUACAUAUGAAACCGGCAAGUGUUUUCAUGGUGGAACUUCGGUGGGUUUGGAAGUGGGCGGGGGAGAGAAUUGAUCAAUUUUUGGUGAUGGACAAGAACAAGUUUAGAUGUUAGAACACUGAGGAGCUUAGGUUCUUGUUUUUGGUUAGAAUAGUGGACGCUCUUUGAUCAUAUUUGUAUCUUCCUCACUCUCCUGCUUGGGAAUAUACUUUACCAGAAAAAAAAAGAAAGAGAAAUGAAAGAUUAUUCUGAAAACGAAAAAGAAGAAGGAAAGAUUCGAGUUUUGGACAUGUAUGUAAUGAAUAGGGAGGGCCUCUAAUCUUUUGAAGUUUGUUUGGAAUGGCCUUGAAAUUAAUAUGGUCCACAUGUGCACUACUGUUAAGAUCAUUGUUUGUGUGUUGGAAUGGCAGUGGACCUUUUUAUAUUGA